GGAUAAAAAGCUUUCCCUGAAAUGAUGUUUUUCGCGAAUAGUUGACACGACAGGGCAAAUAUUCAAGGCAGAUUUUCCUAACGUCCGCCAUUUUUCUGUCUCAUUUUGCUCUGUUGCAGGGCAGCCUCCGGCCUGGCGGCGGCGCUCACCUCCGCCCCUGGCAAACACUCAACAGGGUAUCUUUGAUGACGUUUGGAAAGAAAACUGUUGAAACGAAAAGUUCGAGACGUUUUCAAACUCAGAGAUGGCGUGCUCUGAAAGCAAUAAGGGGAGUUUGGAGGAAGACAGCUAUGAAGGAGCUGUUGGUGGAGAGAUGUCCGGCUGUGCGUUGGCAAUGCUGGAAAAGGAACGGGAAUCUCUUCCCAGCCCCUCAGAGAACCAUGGCACCUUCAUCAGCAGCACCUCCACUAGUCUUCUGGCCACUGCACCCCUCCAGGGCUAUGAUGUGGAGUUUGACCCACCCCUAGAGAGUAAAUAUGAGUGCCCUAUCUGUCUCAUGGCUUUGAGGAAUGCCAUUCAAACACCCUGUGGUCACCGUUUCUGCAAGCACUGCAUUGAGAAGUCUAUUCGUGAUACAGGACAGAGGUGUCCUGUAGACAAUGAAAGACUGUUAGAAGACCAGUUGUUUCCGGAUAACUUUGCCAAACGGGAGAUUCUGUCGUUAACUGUUCGCUGUCCAAACUCUGGCUGUACUGAGAAGAUGGAGCUCCGAAGUUUAGAGAACCAUUUGAAACAGUGUCAGUUUGCCACUGUGCCUUGCCCACAGUGCCAACAGUCUGUGAGAAAGAGCCACCUCGAGGAGCACACAACUGUUGAGUGCCAAAGGAGACCUGUGUCAUGUCCAGAUUGUCUGGCAUGCUUUGUUUAUGAGGAGAGCGAGCUUCAUGAGCAGCAGUGUCCUUUUGCCAGUGUGAAGUGCCAGUUCUGUGAGAUGGAUCUCAUCAGAGACCAGAUGGAAUCUCAUUGUGAUACAGAUUGCCCAAAAGCACCCAUUGCCUGUAACUUUAGCACCUUUGGAUGUAAGGAAAGGAUGCAGCGCCACAACCUGGCUCAGCACAUGCAGGAGUUCACACAGAUGCACAUGCGCUACAUGGCUGAGUUCCUGCGUGGCCUGAGCCUCAAUGGCACCACACCCAAAUCCCCUUGGAUUCCAGGACCUUCUGUUUCCUCUGAGGACCAAGAAGCUGCAGCAUCAGGAUCAGCCUGUAGUGGGCCCAGAGGGGCUGCAGGCUGCAGCAGCAACUGUGCCACAUGUCCGCCUAGUGAGGAGAUGCAGAGGCUUAGGGAGAUGGAUGGCCGAUUGGUAAGGCAGGAUCACCAGCUGCGUGAGCUCAUCAUCUUAAAAGAAACACAGGCUGGCCAUCUUGCAGAGUUAAGGCGUAGAGUGUCAAUGCUGGAGGAGACGGUAAGGGAGCUGGAGUCGCAGCAGUGUAACGGUAUCUUCAUCUGGCGCCUCAAAGGUUUCUCUGUCCACCUGCGGAACCAAGAAGCAGGCCAGCCAGUGGUGGAGCACAGCCCCGGCUUCUACACGGGCCGUCCCGGCUACAAGCUGUGCCUGCGCUUACACUUGCAGACUCCCAAUGCCCCGCGCUGCUCCAACUACAUCUCCCUCUUUGUCCACACCAUGCAAGGGGCUUUUGACGGGCAGCUGACCUGGCCGUUUCAGGGCACCAUCCGCCUUACCAUCCUAGACCAGGGCCCCGAGGGCCAGCACCACACGGAGGCGAUGGAGACUAAACCAGACCUGCAGGCCUUCCAGAAGCCCACAAUCCAGCGCAACCCCAAAGGAUUUGGCUAUGUCACCUUCCUGCACCUGCAUCAGCUGAGUCAGAGAGCCUUUGUUAAAGAUGACACUCUACUCAUCCGCUGUGAGGUGACACCCCGUUUUGACAGUAUGCUUCACCGCGAGGGACCAACAGUGCAGCCUAGGGGACACGAUGCCCCAGUUUCUAGGGACUGAAGUCAAACUCCGAUCUGUUGGUUUAUCAUCACGCUGGGAUGUCAGCACAUCUGCCAGAACCGUGUUUAAAUACUGCGCAGUUCAAUUGAAUUAUUUGACAUCAGGGGGCGGAAAAUUGAUGUUCACACCAUUUAAAGUUUGGACACUGCAAGUAUGCUAAUAUUUAUUUGUUCACCAACUUUUAAUGUCAGCAUGGUUUUUCUUUGAAUAAAUAUAUACAGCACAAUCCUUUUAAUAUAUUUGAAAUGUAUGUAGUCACCCAGAAGGUACCAACAUUCAGCAAGCCUCAUAAGUUCAAAUUUUGUAAAUAGUCAAUAACAUUUAAUCAGCUUAAUAUCACCAGUUUGAAGGACAAAUCUGGCGCAAAAUGAACUUUGGGUACUGAGUUAACCGGUAUCUGGGAUAUGUUUUCAUGGUAAUUGAAUGUGACCAGUUUGAGUGCAAACCGCUAAUUAGCUUGUAACACUAGUAGUCGGGUCACUGGUAAAGUAAAAAUAAAUCACUAUUUCUACACUACUAACAAGGCUGAAAAUAGCACCACACUUCAACAGUAGAAUAAUAAGGGUCCUUACAUGUAAACUGAAGCAUUAAGAACUUUGUAAGUGUACAGA